CUGCCCCUUGCCUGGAACGUUGGGCUAUAAAGUCGUAACAGGCGACUUUUGCCUCCCCUCAUCCCCUCUCUCUCUGGUUACCCUUAUACCCUUCACGACCUUUCAUUGAUACCUCUCAGCGAUGCCUCUCAGUAUUUCCAUGCCCUUCAGCCUCUCCUAUCUCGUUAUGACCCCAGGACGCGUCCGUCUUCCAGGCGAGACAGUCGUGAAGAAGUCCAGUCCACCAUCCAGCCCAACCUCUCGUCGCUGGUCGACAGACCUCUCAACGAAAGCGAGGUCUAUCCGAGCUCGCGCCGGGAGCAUGGGCCCUUUCCGUCGACUGUCCUCUGGACCUUCUCAGCCUUCGAAAGCUUCCAACAACGAGGCCGACUGUCUCCUCGAAGACGAGCCCCUUGCCAUCCCCCAGCCCGUCGCUCGUCCCUGACCGUGAAGACUAUCACAGACUCCCAGGCAUUCUCCAUGUUUACCCAAAUGGCGCACCCCGGCUUCUUGCAAGUAUGGACAUAACCCAAUCCCUGGAUGGCAUCAUAGGUUCCCAUUGGGAUUCCACCAAUGCACCCUGACACACAACGCAUGACCUUUAUCUACCGACCGUCGGAUCCACACUGCCCUGGACUCCUCUCAUGAUCAUGAACCGAACGAUUCUUCGUCACCAUAUUGGAACUUUAUUUCUUGUACUACUUAUCAUCGUUUGCACUUGACUUGAUCCAUUAUGACCAUAUUUCCUCCUUCUCUUCAUACGUAUGCUCCUUCUGAAUGGAACUAACCGACGUCUUUCCUUUAGCUAUGUACAUGACCUCAUGUCUACCAAUAGCUCUCAUACAAAUUCUUUCAUUCCAGCCUCAA